UCAGAAUGUCAGUCCUUCCAUUCUCCGGGAUACCUCCGAGUCUAACCAAAAACCACAGCAAGUGCAGCAACCUGCAGUUUGACAGCGCUCCGGGGAUUAUCACAUUUACAGUGCGUUUCUCUUUCUUUGUUGCCUACCACAUUUUGUUGUACUUAAAUUUGGAUUUUCACUUAUAGCUGCCACACACCUGGAAUGGGAUCAGUAACUAAGGAGCAGCAGAAGAGUACGGCGGUAUUUUAACAAUAACUCCAAGUCCUGGGGGGAAGAGGCAGAAGUGGGUAUUCAUCUGCUGUAAUUACUCAAAACUGGUUAUAGACAGAAAAACAUGUCAACUACAGAGAUUUUAUGUUGAUUCUACUUGGAUUAGUGGUCAUCGGGAGGAUUUAGUUCUACUGAGCUUUGAAAAAAGAAAUCUCGCUGAAAAUGUCGAUCUCGGAACUCUACACAAAGUAUACAAGAGUUUGGAUUCCUGAUCCAGAUGAUGUGUGGAAAUCUGCAGAGAUAGUCAAGGAUUAUAAAGAAGGGGACAAAGUAUUACACCUAAAGCUUGAGGAUGAGACGCCCUUGGAAUAUCCUAUUAACUCCAGUGCUAAGCAAAUGCCUUUCCUAAGGAAUCCUGAUAUUUUGGUAGGUGAGAAUGAUUUGACAGCCCUCAGCUAUCUCCAUGAACCAGCUGUCCUGCAUAACUUGAAAGUUCGCUUCUUAGAGUCCAACCAUAUCUACACAUACUGUGGAAUUGUACUUGUUGCCAUUAAUCCAUAUGAGCAGUUGCCAAUCUAUGGAGAAGAUGUCAUUUGUGCAUACAGUGGGCAGAAUAUGGGAGAUAUGGACCCACAUAUUUUUGCAGUUGCUGAGGAGGCUUACAAACAAAUGGCUAGAGAUGAGAAGAACCAGUCUAUUAUAGUAAGUGGAGAAUCAGGGGCUGGAAAAACAGUGUCCGCCAAGUAUGCCAUGAGGUAUUUUGCUACAGUUGGUGGUUCUGCCAGUGACACAUCAGUGGAAGAGAAGGUCUUGGCAUCCAGUCCAAUCAUGGAGUCCAUUGGGAAUGCCAAAACUACAAGGAAUGAUAACAGCAGCCGUUUUGGGAAAUAUAUUCAAAUAGGAUUUGACAGAAAAUAUCAUAUAAUUGGUGCCAACAUGAGAACAUAUCUACUAGAAAAGUCCCGGGUAGUUUUUCAGGCAGAUGAUGAACGUAACUAUCAUAUUUUCUACCAGCUCUGUGCAUCAGCCAGCCUUCCAGAAUUUAAGGAUCUCUUACUGGGUAGUGCAGAGGACUUUUUCUUUACCAAUCAAGGAGGAGACGCAGUUAUUAAUGGAGUGGAUGAUGCAGAAGAGUUUGAGAAAACAAGGCAGGCCUUUUCUUUGUUAGGUGUGAAGGAGUCCAGCCAAAUGAGUAUUUUUAAGAUAAUUGCAGCAGUUCUUCACCUUGGAAAUGUUGAACUUCUUUCGGAAAGAGAUGGAGAGUCCUGCAGUGUAUCAAGAGAAGAUGAGCAUCUGAAUUACUUUUGUGAACUUUUGGGAGUGGAACAUGAUCAGAUGGCUCACUGGCUCUGCCAUCGAAAACUUAUAACAACGUCUGAAACGUACGUGAAGUCAAUGUCUAAGCAGCAAGCGUUGAAUGCCAGAAAUGCUUUGGCAAAAUUAAUUUAUGCACAGCUCUUCAACUGGAUUGUGGAGCACAUCAAUAAGGCACUGCAUACAACCUUGAAGCAGCACUCUUUUAUUGGCGUCUUGGACAUUUAUGGGUUUGAAACUUUUGAGUUCAACAGUUUUGAGCAAUUUUGUAUCAAUUACGCAAAUGAAAAACUUCAACAGCAGUUUAAUUCACAUGUCUUCAAGCUGGAGCAGGAGGAGUAUAUGAAAGAGCAAAUCCCAUGGACACUUAUUGACUUCUAUGACAAUCAGCCUUGUAUUGACCUCAUAGAAGCUAAGCUGGGGAUCUUAGACCUGCUGGACGAAGAAUGUAAGGUUCCAAAGGGGACAGAUCAAAACUGGGCCCAAAAGCUGUAUGAUAGACAUUCCAGCAGCCAGCAUUUUCAGAAGCCCAGAAUGUCCAACAUUUCCUUCAUAGUUAUCCAUUUUGCAGAUAAGGUAGAGUAUCAGUGUGAUGGAUUUCUGGAGAAAAACCGAGACACUGUGUAUGAAGAGCAAGUCAAUAUCCUGAAAGCCAGUAAGUAUCAGAUGGUGGCUGACCUUUUCCACGAUGAUAAGGACUCUGCUCCUGCCACAACCACUGCAAAAUCUUCUAAAGUCAACAUCCGAUCUGCCAGGCCUGUUUUAAAGACAGCAAAUAAAGAGCACAAGAAAACUGUUGGGCAUCAGUUUCGAAACUCUCUGCAGUUACUUAUGGAGACCUUGAAUGCUACCACACCCCAUUAUGUGCGCUGUAUCAAGCCCAAUGAUGAGAAAUUGCCUUUCUCAUUUGACCCAAAGAGAGCUGUUCAACAGCUACGAGCAUGUGGUGUGUUAGAGACGAUCCGCAUAAGUGCUGCUGGAUAUCCAUCCAGGUGGACAUACUCUGAUUUUUUCAAUAGAUACAGAAUGCUAAUGAAAAAGAAGGACAUCGUUCAGAAUGACAAAAAAGCAACCUGCAAAAAUAUGCUUGAAAAUAUUAUCAAGGAUCCUGAUAAAUUUCAGUUUGGACGUACCAAGAUAUUUUUUCGUGCAGGCCAGGUAGCAUACUUAGAAAAACUGAGAUCAGACAAGUUCCGCGCUGCAACAAUAAUGAUACAAAAGACAGUUCGAGGCUGGCUACAGAGAGUGAAGUACAAGAGGAUGAAGAAAGCAGCUGUUACAAUCCAACGAUAUGCACGAGGACACCUAGCUCGCAGACUGGCAGAUUACCUGCGAAAAACAAGAGCUGCUAUCAUCUUCCAGAAACAGUACAGGAUGCUUCGUAUCCGACGAGUGUACCAGCGAAUCCGCCAGACCACCAUCAUCAUUCAAGCCUAUUGUCGUGGAAUGUUUAUCAGAAGAUCUUAUCAACAGAUCCUGCAAAACCACAAGGCUAUCAUCAUUCAGAAGUAUGUUCGAGGAUGGAUGGCUCGUAAGAAAUUUUCUGUUCUCCGGAGUGCAGCCAUUGUUAUCCAGUGCUACUUCCGCCGCAUGAAAGCGAAGCGAGAACUUAAACAGCUGAAGAUAGAGGCACGCUCAGCAGAGCACUUGAAGAAACUUAAUGUUGGAAUGGAGAACAAGAUUGUUCAGUUACAGAUGAAGUAUAAUGAUCAGACCAAAGAAUAUAAGCAGCUUACUGAGCAAAUGAGUGUAGCUGCUGUCGGCUACAGCACUGAGAUUGAUAAACUGCACAAGGAACUAGAAAGAUACAAGCAGAACCAGGGAGACGGGAACCAGCUCAGCAGCCUUCAGGAAGAGAUUGAGAGGCUCCAUGCUGUACUUGAGAAGGCUUACAGUGAAAGGAAGAUUCUGGAGGAGAAUUACACCAAUGAGAAAAACAGUUUGCAAAAACGAAUAGUAGACUUGGAAAAAGAGAAUACUCUAUUAAAGCAUGAAAAAGAAGAACUGAACAAGAGAACGCUUAAUCAGUCGAAAGGAUUAAAAGAUGAUACUUCUCAGAAGAUGAUAGAAAACACACAGCUGCAUAAGGACUUGGACGAAGAACGACUACGCUAUCAGAACCUUGUGAAGGAAUAUUCCAGGCUGGAGCAGCGGUAUGAUAAUUUAAGGGAGGAGGUGACCCUUAUAAAGCAAACUCCAGGUCAUAGAAGGAACCCCUCAAACCAAAGCAGCUUGGAAUCUGACUCAAACUACCCAUCUGUCUCCACAUCAGAAAUUGGGGACACUGAAGAUACACUCUCACAGGUGGAUGAAAUGGGUGUGGAAAAGGCAGCAAUGGACAUGACUAUCUUUCUGAAACUGCAAAAGAGAGUAAGAGAGCUAGAGCAGGAACGGAAGAAAUUACAGACUCAACUGGAGAAGAAGGAAGAACAGAAAAAAACCCAGAGAAUUGAAAAUAAAGAUGUAAAUUCUCCCAACCAUGAAACUGAGGUGGCAUAUGACAGCCUUAAGAGACAAGAGUUAGAAUCAGAGAACAAGAAACUAAAAAACGAUCUCAAUGAGUUGAGGAAAGCAAUCGCAGAACAUGCCUACCAAAAUGAUUCAUCUGGUGAUACGCAAGACUCCUACAGCCUCCUGCUUAAUCAGCUAAAAUCAGCCAAUGAGGAGCUAGAAGUGCGGAAGGAGGAGGUCCUCAAUCUGAGGACACAAAUUGUCAAUGCAGCAAAGCAGAAGGAGGAAACGGAGAUUAACGCUAGGUGGCCAAACAGUGAUAAGCAUAUAGAAAGAGAUGAUGCUAUUGAGGCGUAUCAUGGUAUUUGUGAGACCAACCGCAAGACUAAUGACUGGGGGUAUCUGAAUGAAGAUGGAGAACUCGGCCUUGCCUAUCAAGGCUUAAAGCAAGUUGCCAGACUGCUGGAAGCACAGCUGCAGGAUCACAUGAGGGAGCAUGAGCAGGAAGUGGAAGCUCUCAAGUCUCAGAUCGAGGCUGUCAUGGAGGAAAAGGAGAAGCAGGAGCAAGUGUUUUCACAGGCACUGCAAUUAUCACCAGAGGCUCGUGUAGAAUUCAGUGUUCAGCAAGAAAUCACUCGCCUCACAGAUGAAAAUCUGGAUCUUAAGGAGAUAGUUGAAAAACUGGAAAAGAAUGAAAAGAAAUUAAAAAAACAGUUGAAGAUUUACAUGAAAAAAGUCCAAGAUCUUGAAGCUGCUCAGUCAGCUGUGCAGGCAGAACGGAAACGACCAGAGCUAAUUAGGCAGGUGACGGUACAAAGGAAAGAGAAGGAUUUCCAGGGAAUGUUGGAAUAUUUCAGGGAAGAUGAGCCACGUCUCGUUCGCAACCUUAUUACAGAGCUGAAACCUCAGACUGUAUCUGCAACAGUGCCUUGUCUUCCGGCUUACAUCCUCUUCAUGUGUAUUAGGCAUGCGGAUUAUAUCAACGAUGACCAAAAAGUCCACUCCCUGCUUACCAGUACUAUCAAUGGUAUAAAGCGAGCACUGAAGAAACAUAAUGAGGAUUUUGAGAUCACAUCGUUCUGGCUGGCCAACUCUGCUCGGUUGUUACACUGUUUAAAGCAGUACAGUGGAGAUGAGGGUUUUAUGAAGCAGAACACUGACAAGCAGAAUGAACAUUGUCUGAGGAAUUUUGACCUGACAGAGUACCGUCAGGUCAUGAGUGAUCUGUCUAUUCACAUAUACCAACAACUCAUUCACAUAGCAGAAGCCAUGCUACAACCAAUGAUAGUUUCUGCAAUGCUAGAAAAUGAAAGCAUCCAAGGAAUGUUUGGCGUCAAGGCACCAGGAUACCGUAAGCGGUCCUCUAGCAUGGUAGAUGGCGAUAACACAUAUUCAUUGGAGGCUGUCAUUCGCCAGCUGAAUUCCUUCUAUGUCAUGAUGGCUGAACAUGGUCUGGACCCAGAGAUCAUUCAGCAAGUGGUUAGACAACUCCUGUAUGAGAUUAAUGCAGUAACACUCAACAAUUUACUGCUUCGAAAGGAUGUCUGUUCCUGGAGUACCGGUAUGCAACUAAGGUAUAACAUUAGUCAGUUAGAGGACUGGCUUCGUGGGAAGAACUUGCAUCAGAGCUCGAUAGUACAGACCCUUGAACCACUAAUUCAGGCAGCACAACUCUUACAAGUAAAAAAGAAAACACAGGAAGAUGCAGAGGCCAUAUGUUCCAUGUGUACAGCCCUUACCACACAACAGAUUGUGAAGAUACUUAACCUGUACACACCAUUGAAUGAGUUUGAAGAACGUGUAACGGUAUCAUUCAUUAGAAAUAUACAGGCUGAAUUACAGGAACGUAAUGAUCCUCCACAACUCCUGUUAGACUUUAAACACACGUUUCCUGUUCUGUUUCCUUAUAACCCAUCUGCAUUGAGCUUAGAUACCCUUCACAUCCCAGCCUCCCUGAACUUGGAGUUUCUGAGCAGAGUCUGAAACAGAUGCGUUGAUGAUUUCAGUCUUCUGACAGACCAUGACAGGACUUGUUUGAGAAAAACUUCAGCCAAUCCAAAGCUCUGUCAAAAGCUGAUACACAGCAGUCGUAAUGGGUGGAACCUAAUGUUGUCAAAAAAGUAGAAACCAUUUGUAGAUGGAAGACCAAGGGGCCUGAGUUACAUAAGCUGCCUUGCAAGAAGAAACGUGUGUCUUGCACAUGUGUUGUUGGUUUCUCUGGCUUCUGUGCUUGAACUGGAAUUUUAAAAUCCAGGACAUUUCUAUUUCUUGCAAAUGAAGAACAAGUUAUUUUUGGGUUACAGAUCAAUGUGUGUUGAAUAAUGCAUAAUGAAUUAGCAUUAUGCUUACAGUAGUUUGCCUGUAAAUUAUUUUUCUUUUCUAAAAUGGCCAUAUAUGUCAGUGUUGACUAUUUUACUCAUAGUAGGAGACUGCAUUUCCUAACAGACACAGCUUCACUUAUAUAUGUUUUUUAUUAAAAAAUUUGAAUUUUUAUCAUUUCUUUUUUGGAAAAAAAAUAUAGGUAACUGCACGUCUUACAGCUGCCCUACUUCAAUAGUAUCAGUGCAGUUAACUUUCACAGUGCAUUAAGGGUUGUACUGAAAACCGUACUUGCAUAUCAAUCCAUUCUACUGUGGGUUCUAAAAUGUGGAGAAGUGAUGUGGAGGGGAAGCUGUGGUAACUAUAUAUCAUAACACUGUGCUCUCCUUUUGGGUCUGCAUGCAUCAAAGAGAUACAUUUUUCCUCAGCUGAAGAACAGAUACUGGCAUCCCCACUGUCAUGGACAUGAUCCUGCACUUACACAUCCUUCUCUGACAGUACUGAUGGGAAAUCCAAAUCACACAGAUACAAGAGAAAUCUUAAGGAAAUCAGGUCUGCUAUGUAUGAUGUAAGUUUAGAAUAGGUAGCUAUCUUGUGAACAAUAAAGAAAUUUCAAAUAUUUAAUACAGAGAAUACUAUGUAAAUCUCAUGUAUAUAUACAGAGUAUAUGUAUGCAGUAAAUAUAUGCAUAUUAGAGAUAAAUAUAUCUCCUUAACUAACAUUUUCAACUAGCACACAGAUGGCUGAAGUGCAAUAGUAUAUUUCAGGCCAAACAGAACCAUAUUGUAGACAAAUGUACAAAUGAAUUUUAAAGACAUAAAAUGACUCAUUAUAUAUGACUUUUUAUGAAAAACAUAUGCAUUUUCAUACCUCUUCUGUCUUCCCUUAUUCCAGCCAAAAAUCGCCAGACAGGUUUUGUGCCAUAUAUCAAAUGAAGUGCAUUCAUAGCUGCAGCAUUCACCAUGUAAAUCUGUAGAAGUCCCUGCAAAUUCAUAAUAAUGUGACAUGUUUUGUUAAACAUUAGUACUCAUGUAAUAUGUUAUGGUGGUGGGAGUUCAGUGGGAUCUUUCAGACCAUGUAAUUUUACAUUGCUGAUGUGGCAGGCUGUAAAUCUAUAUGAAGUUAAGUAUGUGAACAUACCCUUGCAGCCUCACCUGAAUGCUACAGCCUGGUCAAGCAAGUGAACUGUUUAGGGCCAUAUCUGAUGAAGAUGCCUUUCAGCUGAAAUAAUGACUUACCAAUUGAAAUCAGUAGCGCCACUCACUGUUAUAUGUCAGGCUGCCACUGCAGCUUUCAACCACCAAUCACAUUAUGCAGGUGAUGUAAUACAGUCAGAAUCUGUUGCGUUCUCUCUCUCUCUCUCUUUUCCUAGUGGGGAAACAGUACAAGAAUGUAUCUGGAUAAACAGAUACCACAGUUAUAACCAUCAUCUGAAAGUAGAGUCUAACAUUUUUACUGUGUUGGAUUUAAGAAACAAAUGCAUCACUACCAUGGAUAUACCUGUGGUAGUGAUGCAUUUUGUAUUCUUUUCCUGUUAAAUAUGUAUGUAUGUGCACAGAAUACAAACAAGUGUAUAUUUAUAUGUGUGAUGUAUCCAGUACAAUGUCCUUUAAACCUAAAAUGGGUACACUAAUGUAAUGUUUGUCAUCAUGGUUAAAUCUUUCAUGAACUUAAAAAUCAGACCACAGCACUUUUGUUUUGAAUAAAACUAUGCAAUGCAAUCAAA